AUGAGCGGUCCUUACAUUUACGAUAUGACGAAUGAGCCGCAGAACCAUCAACUGGACAUCGAAGAGUCCUCCGCUUCCACGAACUGCGAGCAGGUUGACGACAUCACAAAGAGGGCCCGGAAGCUUACCGAACGUCGCGUGGACAAGUUCACUAAGAUCUUGCGCCGUUUCGAUAAGACUAAUGGGCCGGCAUACACUCGCCUUCAAGAGGAGCUCGAUUGUUUCAAAAAGUGGGCAAAGGACACUGGACUGUACCAGCACGAGGAGAACAGGCCAAAGCACGAUUUUCGUAACCUUCCUCCCGUUGCAAAAUCAUCGAUUAUCGACUCACUCGAAGAUGUUAAAGACCAAAUAUACCUCAUGCGCCUGACCGACCUCGGCAAGAAGCGGUCCCGGGAAGAAGGACCCCAUGAGCCCCUACCUCGGCCUUUUCUGGACCUUUGGAUCGAUGGAAUGAGCUGCAUCAUCGUCAACCUGGAACUAUCAGUCGAUCUGGAAGACGAGUCGAACGCCAGAAGAGGCGAGACGAGUCCUUGUCUUAAGACGCUUUUCCGACGCUGUGCAGCCGGAUACACGAUAGUUUUCAAACGUAUCAAUGAAGGAAACUCGAGUCUGGAGGACAAGCUACCCACCGGACAUAUUAAAGGCCCGCGUAACAGCUUCAUCAGAUGGAGCCGUGAAAGCGGAGUUCUUCUUGAUGGCAAGAGCUCUCUAGAGACCAAAUUCGUCGACUCGGACAAGAGCGAGAGCAGGAGUCAAAUCGUCAACAGCCUGUUGAGUAUCGAGUCGGCCUUGGGAGCGAUGUCUGGGUUACUACCGGAGAAGCGUGUUUCGGGAAAGGAUCUUCCGGCAGCAGAUGCAGACGAGAAUUCGAAUUCGAACCUUAGCCUUACCGAACGGGCGAAAGGCUUGACAGAGCAAAUAAUGGUACUCCAACGAUGUAACGAAUCUCUGGCGAAAGCCACAAAAGCUCUUGUUGGUUGUUCGAUCGGAUCGAACGGCUCUAACGCGGGGGCUGUAGAUAAUACUGCAACAGAUACUUGA